AUCGGAAUAUCGAAUAUAUAAAGCCUGAAGCAUCGAAUAAAGUUCAAAUUAUUAUAACCCCUGUAAUUAAUGACAAUCCUUAUUUAAACUACCUUCCGCAUUCCAAUCCCGGCGGCCGGAAAAGGGCUGAUCGGCGAGUAACUGACAAGCUGGGCGCGAUGGGGAGUUACAAAUGCUGCUUCUGCUUCACUCGGCGGUUUCUAUGGAGAGCGGUGGAGCCGCCGGCCGACGUGAGGGAGGCGUUUGCCUUUUACGCAGAGGGUGGCGCAGUGAUGUCGCCGGAGCAGCUCCGGCGGUUUCUAGCUGACAGGCAGGGUGAGGCGGUUACGGCUGCCGAAGCGGAGCUGAUUGUUGAGAGGAUUAGGGAAAUGAGGCAUCGGCAUUCUCCCGUGAAAUUCUCUAGGUCUCUCCUCUCGGUUGAUGAUUUUUUCCAUUUCUUGUUCUCCGGCGACCUCAAUCCUGCUAUACGAUCUCAGGUUCACCAUGAUAUGACGGCCCCCUUAUCCCAUUAUUACAUAUAUACCAGUCAUAAUUCAUACUUAAAAGGGAACCAACUCAGCAGCGACUCCAGUGAUGUUCCUAUUGUCAAGGCAUUGCAGCGAGGUGUUAGGGUGAUUGAGCUGGAUAUGUGGCCUAAUCCUAAAAAGGAUGAUAUUGAUAUUGUCCAUGGAAGGACGCUAACUUCUCCAGUACCACUCAUCAAAUGUCUGAGAUCUAUCAAAGAGCAUGCAUUUACGGCUUCUCCAUACCCAGUUGUAAUAACUUUAGAGGAUCAUUUAACUUCAGAUCUCCAAGCCAAAGUAGCUAAGAUGGUCACUCAAACAUUUGGAGACAUGCUAUAUUAUCCUAAGGGUGAAUCCAUGGAGGAAUUCCCUUCUCCAGCAACUUUAUCAAGAAGAAUCCUUCUGUCAACGAAACCUCCAGAAGAGUACCUAGAAUCUAAAACUCAAAAGGUUAAGGAUAGUGUAUCUCAAAAGAGAAAGGAAACAGAGGAGGAAGAUUCAUGGGGAAAGGAGGUCACCGAUUUUAAAGCUGAACUCCAUUAUGAUAGUAAGCGAGAUGGGCAGAAUCAGGAAGAGGGAGAUAGUGAUGAUUAUGACGAUGAAGAUGACGACAGUAAAUUUCAUCAGAACGCUGCCCCAGAAUUUACAAAUCUGAUCACCAUAAGGGCAGGCAAACCAAAGGGGCAUUUGAUACAUGCACUUAGGGGGAACCCUAAUGAAGUUAGACGACUUAGUUUGAGUGAGCAACAGCUGGAGAAACUGGCAGCAUCUCAUGGAACUGAAAUAGUUAGGUUCACUCAGAAGAACAUUGUCAGGAUAUACCCAAAAGGUACACGUGUCACUUCUUCUAACUACAAUCCAAUGCUUGGAUGGAUGCAUGGUGCUCAAAUGGUUGCCCUUAAUAUGCAGGGCUAUGGAAGGUCGUUAUGGUUGAUGCAUGGAUUUUACAGAGCAAAUGGGGGUUGUGGAUAUGUAAAAAAGCCUGAUUUCUUGAUGAAAGUUGAACAAUAUGGUCAAGUAUUUGAUCCAAAAAGAAUAUUACCAGUAAAAAAGAUCUUAAAAGUAAAAGUAUAUUUGGGCGAUGGAUGGCUUAUGGAUUUUAAAAGGACAUACUUUGACAAUUAUUCCCCACCCGACUUCUAUGCAAGGGUAGGUAUAGCUGGAGUACCAGCGGACUGCAUAAUGAAGAAAACAAGGAUUAUAGAAGACGAAUGGGCUCCCGUUUGGAAUGAAGAGUUCAUCUUUCCAUUGAUCGUCCCUGAGUUGGCUUUGCUUCGAGUCGAGAUACACGAGUAUGACAUGUCCGAUAAGGACGAUUUCGGAGGGCAGACAUGCCUACCAGUGUUAGAAUUAAGGCAAGGAAUUCAUUGCGUGCCACUUUGUGAUCGCAAGGGAACCCAAUAUAAGUCUGUAAGGCUUCUUAUGGGUUUCAGCUUCUCUUCAGAAUAAGGUACUGUAUGCUAUUAAAAGUUAUGUUCUUUGAUAUGUGGUAAUAUACUGUUUUCCAAUACAUGGUGUUAAUAUUUUAUGUAGGGAAUAUUGUAUGAUGCUUUAUUUGUACAUAAAUCAUUCUUAAA